AUGUCAUGCUCUCUCCCGCCCUCUCCUCCCUUCCUUUCUCCCCUUCCUCCCCUUCCUCCCUUCUCACCACACCCAUCGUCUCUCGUCCUGCCAGUACCCGUCUUCCCCUGGGUAAUUCAGGACUAUACCUCAAAGGAGCUCGACCUCACCAACCCAGCCACCUUCAGAGACCUCUCCAAGGUGCCUCGUCCUUUCUCCCAAAUACCUUCUUCUUACUUCAUACACACAUCUAAAUGCCUUCAGUAUUCAUACUCUUCUAGCUCCACUCUCUUUCAAAUCCCACCUCGUGUUCUUUCACCUUGCCUUUUCACCCAAGUCCCACACAUCCCCACACACACCUCUCCCCGCCCCCCUCCCUCGCGAGUGCAGCCGGUGGGGGCACUGGAUGCGGGGCGGUUGGAGAAGUUUGUGGAGCGGUACCACAGCUUUGCGGACCCCAUCAUCCCCAAGUCCACUACGGCUCGCACUACUCCAGCGCCGGCAUUGCGGCAUUCAGGUGGCGCACUAUCUGCUGCGAGUGGAGCCCUAUACGUCUCUCGCCCUGGCCUGCAGGGCGGGCAGUUUGACCACCCCGACCGCCUGUUCCUGGACGUGGCUGCCACGUGGCGGGGAGUCACCUCCGACAUGAGCGAUGUCAAGGAGCUGGUGAGGCAUGUCAAGGAGCUGGUGAGGCAUGUCAAGGAAGCUGGUGAGAGCAGGGGUGGAUCCCGGAGGGUUCUGUCUACCGGAGAUGUUCACAACAUCAACGGGCUGCACCUCGGCUCCACGCAGAAGGGCGAGGUCAUCGGGGACGUGAAGCUGCCGCCAUGGGCGAGCAGUGCGGCGGAUUUUGUGCGCAAGCAGCGGGCGGCACUGGAGAGCGAGUAUGUCAGCAGCAACCUGCACAAUUGGAUCGACUCAUCUUCGGGUACAAGCAGAAGGGCAAGGGAGGCCCUGGCGGCGCACAACGUGUUCUUCUACGUCACGUACGAGGGCGCUGUUGACAUCGACUCCAUCACCAACCCUGUCAGCCUCCUCUCCUCGCUAGCGCUCUCUCCCCUCUGCCCACCACCAUCAUCUUACGUCCAAGCCAUCACCUCCCUCACCUCCCGUCAUCUCCUUGCUCCCACCACCCUCCCUCCAGAUCGUGAGGAGGGGCAUGCAGGAUCAGAUUUCCUACUUCGGCCAGACGCCGUCACAGCUGCUGACGACAGCGCACCACCGCGCAUCGCACUGGACUACGCGCUGCACCUGCACACGGUCCGCAUCGUCGCCACCUCAGAUGCCAUCGUCACCGUUGAUCUCAAUGCUCCUGCUUGCCACGUGGCGGUGCACCAGUGGCAGCCCAACACCCCGGACGGCCACGGCUGGCCGUUUUUGUUCCAGGCCGGGCGGUCUUCGCUGACAGGUAGUGCCAUUCUGCGGAUGCUGACGGGGGCAGCGCUGGGCGGCAAGGGCAGCAACAGCGAGACAUCCCUCUAUCGCGCCUCGUGGCCCCCCUGCUCCGGGGAUAAAGCACACGCGGGCACGCGGUUCUCUGUGAAGCUGGUGUCAGUGGACUCGACUCGCGUGCUGGAGACGGCUGCUGUGCAUGGCGGCCCCGUGACGUGCGUGGCUCUCUCCCUGAUGGCGCCACUCUCGCCACCGGCGCCACGGACGGGGUGGUGCUGCUGUGGCAAGUCAACCACGCCACCGCGCCCUUCCCUUCCUCCCCUGCCGCCGGGGUCACGGCUGGCCUCGUGGCUGCUGGGGCGGGGGGCGGGGGGGCGUGUGGCAAGGCGCAGCACUGCAGCACCCACGGGCCCGCACGACCCUGCUCUGGCUGCUGCCGCUGCAGCGGUGUCGGCUAGCGAGGGAACGAGCAGGCAGCAUGGCAGUGGGAGGAGCGGAUUACCCGAGCGGGGAGGCGGGGGUGGCAUGUCGGAGGGGCCCACUGCUGCUGAGCGCAGGCGGGGGCAUGGGCGGGGCGGGGGGGCUGCAGGCGCCGAGGAAGUGGCGGCGCAUGGAAGGCCCCGUGCAGGUGCUGCGCGGCCACUUGGACACCAUCCUGUGCUGCGCCGUGUCCUCGGACCUCGACCUCGUUGCCUCCUCCUCGCGCUCCCGCGGUGUGCUCCUCCAUUCCCUCAUGAAGGGCCGCUUCCUGCGCCACCUGCCGGGGGUGGGGCCGGCGGACCUGCUGGCCAUCUCCCUGAAGGGGUGGUGGUGGUGUGGGAGCGGCGGCAGCGCGCGCUGCGGGCGUUCACGAUCAACGGCGAGCGGUUGGGGCGGGUGAGCAUCUCGGAGGAGGAUGGCGAUGUGAGCAGCGUGCAGGUGUCGAGCAACGGGCUGUUUGUGGCUGUGGGCACGGACUGCAGCCGCUGGCGGCAUGUGCGGGAGAAGGAACGGCAGAAGGAGAGGGAGCGCGCUGCUGCGCUGUGUCGCUUCAAGCUGCCGGAGGGCACAGACGUGACAGCGCUGGCACUGUCAGCGGACAACACCAACCUGCUCUGCUCCACCUCCGCUCACCUCGCCCCCGGCCAGCUCAUCCUCUACAGCAACCCCUGGUACGCCUGUAGCAGCUGCAGCAACCCCCUGCUGAGUGUGAAGAUGGUGGAUCACAUGCUACGCCUGGGCUGGGAGGGCAGCGACUUCGCCAGCAUCUUCUGA